CCUUCAGGGUCUCAAUCCCACGUCACGGUUCAUAUCAGCUCCUUGUCCUCCUCCUGAGACAGAGAGACGCCAACAUGAUGUUGCUCCUCUUCUUGUUUGGUCUGACUCUGGGUGCUGUGUCUCCUUCAGAUGAACGUGAAGUGAAGCUGCAGCGUGGAAACUGUCCCAUGUUCUGGUUCAGCUUCAAUGGCCGCUGUUACAAAUACUUUGCCACACGUGUGGGUUGGUCUGACGCAGCACUUCAGUGUUUGUCACAGAGAGCCAGCCUGGUGUCCAUCCACAGUCUGGAGGAACAGAACUUUGUCAAUUUCCUGAUCAAGAACUUUGACCAUGCUGAGGGGCCCACCUGGAUCGGCCUGAGUGACAGAAUUGAUAAGAAAUGGAUGUGGUCUGAUGGGGCUCCGCUCAACUUUACAUUAUGGAACGGAGAACAGCCGAAACCCGCUGGAGAAUACUGUGCAUACACUAACUAUGGUGGUGACGUGAAAUGGAAACAUCAACCAUGUGGUUAUAGUUACGCUUAUGUUUGUGCAUCUCGCAUAGACUGUCCCCUGUAACUGAGAUCGUUUUCUCCAGUUCAAUGCAUCAACUUUACAGCUGCUGGUCUGUUAAAAUGUGUUUGAAGGCCAAAAUAAAUAUGCAAAUGAACAAGUU